GCAGAUGGAACAUGUUAAUGAGAUGCGCAGCAUAGAGAGCAACUCUACCCUCUGUCCCUCCAUCGAUGACUUCCGUAAUCAGGUUUACUCCACAUCCUACUCCCUCAUCACGGUCUUAGGCCUGGCUGGAAAUGGCUUCGCCUUGGUGGUGCUGAUCCGAACGUAUCGCCCCAGUUCUCCUUUCCAAGUCUACAUGCUCAAUCUGGCGGUGUCCGACCUGCUGUGCGUCAGCACUCUACCAAUGCGGGUUGUUUAUUACGUCAAAAAGGGACAGUGGAACCAGGGAGAUUUCCUAUGUCGCAUCACCACCUGCGCCCUGUACGUUAACCUCUACUGCAGCAUUUAUUUCAUGGCGGCCAUGUCCGUGACGCGUUUCUUGGCCAUUGUCUUCCCCGUGCAGAACCGACUUUUGGUGACAGCGAAACGUGCGCGCCUGGUGUGUGCGGGCAUUUGGCUUUUCAUCUGUCUAGCGUCCUCGCCCUUCCUGAUGUUUGGCCAGAAAUUUGAUCCUGCCACAAAUAAAACAAAGUGCUUCGAGCCUCCGAUAGGUCAAGAUGUGUCCAAAGUCGUCAUGUUGAGCAAUUUGUCUUUGGUGCUGGGAUUUCUCCUCCCUUUCCUUGUCAUACUGCUUUGCUACGCUGGCAUUAUCCACACCCUGCUGUCCCGCACUCCGUGGACGAGACGUCAGCAGGACACGGGCCCUAAAGCCAUUCGAAUGAUCAUCAUUGUCCUAUUGACUUUCUUAGUUAGCUUCAUGCCGUACCAUGUGCAACGCUCUAUUCACAUCCACUCCUUGUACCGCACCGACACUUCCUGUUCUGAAAAGGUUGUGAUGCAAAAGUCAGUUGUUGUGACACUGUGUCUCGCCGCAGCCAAUUCAUGCUUUGACCCUUUGCUUUACUUUUUCUCUGGAGAGAAUUUUCUCAGCCGUCUUUCCUCCAUGCGCCAGUCACGAUCAACUCGCACCUUUAAUAAUUCUGUUCGGCUAAAUGUUGCUCGUACAGAGACCGGCGUGAACCGACAGCUCAAUGCAACUUCCUUUAUACCCAACAAGAGUGCCGUCCAUUCAGGUGAAUGAAACUUUGAAAAAGGUUGAUUAUUCCCAAACAAAAGCAGCCUGUUUCAACAAGAAUGUUUCAAUGUUUCGACCUAAAUUUAAAGCACUGUCAAUAGUUCCCAAUUUUUUCCUUCCAGACUUUCCAAAAUGUCACCGCAACAAAACAGUGAAAUAAACGAAGAAUGUAUUGGCAAGGUACGGUUUUUCAUAUUGUCUUUAUUGACCAUGACAAGUUUUACAUAAAAUAAAGAAGUUAUGUACCAUUAGGAAUUGUAACCAUUUGGGUCCACUUUCAGGGCUCAAAAGCAUAUGUUGUAUUUUGAUCGCGUCAUCUGCCUGACUUUAUGUGGGAAGGUUGCAUGUGUCUCUC